CUGACCAGACGGUGUCAUAUCGGCAAGGUGACUAACUGUAAAGUCAUUCCUGGUGAAAGCCUGACAGCCCAACAUCGUCUUCUUGUCAUGGACUUUGUCGUUACCCCGAAAAAGAAAGUAGCCGAGAAACGUGAGCCUCGGAUCAGGUGGUGGUUGCUGAAUGGAACGAUGCAGACCAACUUUCGGGCAGCGGUUGAGAGUCAAAAUCUGUUGACCCAUACCGAAUCUGCUCAGGAAGCUUGGGAUCGAGUGCAGUCAGCAAUUAUCACGGUAGGUAAACGAGUUUUAGGUCUUUCUAGGGGGGGACGGGUCAUCGACAGGGAGACGUGGUGGUGGAAUGACGAAGUGCAGGAGGUGAUUCGCAAAAAAAAGGCUGCCUUUAAGGAGUGGCAGCAAUCACACUCUCCUGAAGACAGACUAGAGUACAUAGCAGCGAAACGUGCCAGUAAAAGGGCUGUUGCCAGAGCCCGCAGUGACAGGUUAUCACCGUUAUAUGAUACACUUGAAACUGCGGAGGGGCAGAAGCUCAUUUACAAAUUGGCCCGAGCUCGGGAUAAAGCGACGCAAGAUAUCGCAAAAUGUCUUUGCGUCAAAGAUUCCCAGGGCACGCUGCUGUGUAAUCAUGCCUCUGUGAAGGAGAGAUGGAGAUGCUACUUCAAGGAGUUGCUAAAUACUCAGCACCCGUGCAGUCUUCCUACCGAACCACCUCCUAAUCUUGGACUUAUUGCCCCAAUAACACCUGAUGAAACUCGGAAUUGUCUUCAACGCAUGAAGAAUCGGAAAGCGGUGGGACCUGACGAUAUUCCGAUCGAAGCGUGGAAAUCAUUGGGCUCUCUUGGUGUGCUCAUACUGACGGACCUUUUCAACCGCAUCUUGAACACUGGGACUAUGCCACAUCAGUGGCGUUAUAGCUUCAUUACCCCCAUUUACAAAGGUAGGGGCAGUGUUCAAGAUUGCGGUAGUUAUAGAGGCGUUAAGAUCAUGAGUCACACCAUGAAGCUCUUUGAGCGCAUGAUCGACAUCAGGCUCCGCCGAGAGUGUACUGUCUCGGAGUGUCAAUAUGGAUUUCAGCCUGGGUCGGGCACCUUGGACGCCAUUUUUGCCAUCAGAACCCUGAUGGAGGCAUACAGGGAAAAAAGGAGAGCUCUGCAUGUCGCAUUCCUAGAUCUGCAGAAGGCCUUUGACUGCGUGCCUCGUCAAUGUAUCUGGUGGGCUUUGCGAACCAAAGGGAUCCCUGAGGCCUAUAUUGACAUCAUCAGAGACAUGUACCGCGAUUCCGUUUCCAUGGUUAGGACUGCUGUUGGCGAUACAAAACCCUUCCCGAUCUCAGUAGGGGUGCACCAAGGCUCGGCUCUUAGCCCGUUCUUAUUCAAUGUAGUGCUGGACACCGUCUCGGCUAACAUCCAGGACCAGCCUCCAUGGCUGAUGAUGUAUGCCGAUGACAUAGCGCUCAUUGACGAGGACCGGCUGACGCUGGAGCGGAGAGUGAACCUUUGGAAGGGUGCGCUUGAGAACGGUGGUCUUAAACUAAAUGUGUCGAAGACCGAGUACAUGGCUUGCGGGAGCCCGGACUCUUGCACCAUCCAUAUAGGUCCUGAACCAGCCGUUAAGUCGGAGAAGUUCAGGUAUCUUGGAUCUAUUCUGCAUGAGUCCGGAGGCAUCGAUCACGAUGUCCAAGCCCGGAUCAGCGCUGCUUGGGCGAAAUGGCGUGAGGUCACAGGUGUGGUCUGCGACCGCAGAAUACCGCCCAAGCUCAAGGGACUAAUAUAUAAGAGCAUAAUCCGACCGGUUCUCUUAUAUGGCAGCGAAUGUUGGCCAGUACUGUCCAGGCACACUCAAGAGCUUCACGUCACGGAGAUGAAGAUGCUGAGGUGGAUGUGUGGCGUUACGCGGGCUGACCGCAUACGUAACACAUUCAUCCGAGGUAGUCUUGGAGUCCGUGACGUAGCGGAUAAGCUUGAAGAGAGUCGCCUGAGAUGGUAUGGCCACGUUGCACGCCGGCCUGAGAACUACGUCGGGAGGAUUUGCCUUGAUAUGUGUGUCCCUGGAGCGAGACCCCCAGGACGCCCAAAGAAGCGAUGGCUGGACAUCGUGAAGCAGGACAUGAGAGCCAAUGGAUUAACCACCGAGGAUGCCAAAGACCGGGCAAAGUGGAGGCGUUUGUGUGGGAAGGCAGACCCUGGCUAA